AUGAGUUGGAAAAAGAAGACAUCAAUGCAUCAGAGACGGAUGGAGAGGGUGAUGAAGAGGAUGGGUUGGAAAAAGAAGGCAUCAAUGCAUCAGAGAUGGAGGGAGAGGGUGAUGAAGAUGGGGGAUCGGAAAAAGAUGCAGCAAAAUCGCAGGGAAAGCUCUCUUCAAGUAGUCAAUCUGGCAAAGUCAUAGAUACAAGCGAGAUGGAGGGGGAAAACAGUCAUUUCUUUGCUUACCUCGUCACUGGAGCUGUGAUGGUGGCCGUUCUCUACAUCGCUAUGCACAACAAGCGCAAGAUUAUCGCCUUUGCUUUGGAAGGGAAGAAUUCCAGAUCCGCACGCCGACCUAAAUCCUCAAAUUACCAGAAGCUGGAACAACAUAUGUGAUCCAAAGCUGCCCAGAGAAGCUGAGAAAACGGCUUUUGUGGAUUGCGAGUGGAUACAAAUCAUGGAUCUGCACUUAGUAAAACAACCUGUUAAAUGGACAUUCUCCUAUUCUUGACUUCUAAAUGUUGCAUGACUAUGCAGACAACACUGAUGCCUUAUUGGGAAAGGGAGGGAGUUAGAGGGGGCUGAGAUGGAGGGGGAAGUAAAAAAGGAAGUUAUGUGAAAUAGGCUUGCAGUAUUUUGCACUGCUUUUGCAAUCUGGCCUGUCGAAGGUCCUCACUCAGGAUGUAGAAGUAGCAAAUCAAACGUCUGCACUUCCAUCUUAGUUUAUGGUAUUGGACAGAUUUCAACAUGCACCCGAGUAAGUCGUCAAUGUCGUGUUUCUGUUUAAAUACCUCUAUUUGUGCCGUUUCCUUAAACAAUCUGUUUUGGAACCACUGUUGAAAUCUUGUCAGUCCAGUUAUCGUAUGCUCGGCCAAUGGUGACUUUUUGCUGUUUUGUGUUGUUUUUUGUCUCAACUUAUACCACUUGAUGGGUUGGAUCUGUUGUCCAGAAUAUAUAGUUUCUACCUGAAAUUGCAUUUUGUAGGGUGGGAUUUGACUGCAGCCUCUUUGUUUUGGUUCUUUCAGGAAAAAGAUUGCUCUGUACAUAUGACCACUAAAAUAAGAAGUUUGUUCUUUCCCCUUGAAUGGAUUUGUUUUUGUAUUUAGAAAAAAAAUGCCAUACCUGUGCCAAAUUAUUCAAGGAAUUAUUGUGAUUUAUUGUGCUGCUGUCUUUCUUUUUGUCUCAUACUUUUCAGUAAGCUUUUUUAUUCUAGCAAGUUUUGGUGAAAGAGAGAAUAAUCUGCUGCUUCCUGGAAGCCCUGUUUGUAGUAUGCCAAACAGUUAAUCUUUUUUGGUCCUCUGAGUUAAGUGUCACAAUUAUAGAUAAUUUAUAAUUUCAGGAGGAAUUUUAUGGACACUCUGCUGUUUUACUUCAUAUCAAAUAUGAUCAGCUGACUGCUUGUAUAUUAAAAUAAAAGCUAUUUGAUAACUUU